AAAUGAUCAAAUAUGGGACACGUCCCUCUGGCAACCCGAAGCCUCGCUAAUAUUCUCACCGAGCGCAGGAGACUGAAGUGUGCUAAUCAACUUAUUUAAAAAUUUUGAACUGAUUAGGCGGGACAUACUUAAUGAGGAACGGACGGGCGGAAUUGCCAUUUAAGGCGUGUUACUCAAACAGAAACUAAGACGAUUCUUUUAAGAGCAAACCUUACGCGCGGUUAUCAUUUUGGUGUCGUACAUUAGAUAACAGGGACUUCCUGGCAAAAAUAAAUCAAUUCAUAAAAUGGCAAGCAAAAAUCCAACCGGCAGUCAGAAAGAGACUUUGUACAAAAGCAAAGUAAAAAACGUUGCAGCAACUAAAAAAGCAGCGAAGAAAACUGCGGCUGGCGGCAGAGCAAAGAGCUCCGCUGCAGGUGGCGGCAGAGCAAAGAACCCCGAGACAGCUGGCACAAGAGCCAAGAGCCCUGACACAGCUGGCACAAGAGCCAAGAGCCCCGCUGCAGGUGGCAGGAAAGUCGGUGCCGCUUCGAAGACUAGCAACAGAGCCAAGAGCCCCGGCGAGGCUGGUAGAAGGGCCACGAGCCCGCCACCUCCUGCUCCCAUUCCUGCCAACGAGGCUGCGCCCCGAGGUCAGCGGUUACCUCCAGGCCGAGUCUCGGGGACAUCCCAGGGUAGGGCGACGAAUUCGGCCACUACUCGAAGAGGCAGCUUUCGCGACAAACCGUCUUCUCGCCAAGGUAGCACUGAGGACCCGAUCGUGGAAGAGGCAGCGUGUCCCGAGCAGACACCUCCACCCUCGCCCGACUUUCAGGUCCCAGCUGAGGAGAUCAACCUCAAUCGAAUGCUGCUAAGAGUUCUGGACAGCAUAAAAAUACGCAAGAAGGACAUAUCCGAGGCGUCGAUGCAAGUGAAUGAUAUCAUGAAGAAGAUUUCGUCGCAGCUUAAGGACCUGGGGGUCACGCAGCUGAACAUGGGAAGCUACUAUGAAUUUCUUAAGAUUUCAGACGUGGAUGAGUUCGACUUCAUGCUGACCAUGCCGGUGGCCCGAGUGGCGUUGGAAACGUUUGGCAAGGAAGUUGCCUUCUACCAUGUCUCUCUGAAGAGAAACCCAAUAAAGUGUCUCCGGAAAUUUGUAGUGGAUGAGACGACGCUGUCAGCGGACAAAAUGCUCACAGAUUUCAGGGAAAAAAUCAAGAAGAUUUUACGGGAAUUUAAAGUGGAUGCUCAUGUUCAAAGAAAGAAGCCAGGCUGUCCUGCCAUCACCCUGUCAAUAAAGAAUGCAAAAGGCAACGGAAAAGACAUUGAAGUGGACAUUGUUCCUGGACUGGAAGUGCAUAGCAGCUGGCCCUCUGCAACAAAUGAAGGUUUCAAAAAAAUCGAUACAUGGCUUGGAUUAAAAGUUAAGAGAACAUUCAAACAGGAACCAUUUUACCUUGUACCUAAAUAUGUGGGUGAUGGAGAUGCAGAAAGAAACGGAGUCUUGGCAAAAGACGCAUGGCGCAUUUCAUUUUCAAACAUUGAGAAGAAGAUUUUAAAAGAACAUGGUCAAACAAGGACAUGCUGUGAAGCUUACGGUGUAAAAUGUUGCAGGAAAGAAUGCCUUAAACUGCUGAAAUAUUUACUGGAAAGGCUAAAGGAAAAACACCCCCGGGAACUGUCCAAAUUUUCCUCAUAUUUUAUGAAGACCACCUUGCUGCAUGCUUGUGCAAAGCAGCCAGAAGAUACACAAUGGAGUUCAAACAAUCUCUCCCAAUGCUUUCUGCAGCUUCUGACUGAUCUCAUUGAGUACUUGCGCUUGGGGAACCUUCCUCAUUUCUUCAUUCCAGAACAUAAUCUUCUAGAAACCAUUACCACCCCAGCAAACAGAAUGUUUUUAGUCAGUAAGCUGGAAUAUGAAAUUAACAACAUGUUUCCCAUUUUUAGGGCAUUGUGAGGCGAUAAUAAAAGUUGGUGGCGCUGCACAACUCUGUGCACUUUGCUUCUUUGCACCUUGCAUGUUUUCUGCACAACUAGACACCCAUCCAGUGUGAAGAUCAUCUGCUUCUGCUGGUACCAGAUUAUGAUGGAGCUCCACGCUUGGGUUUAGUGUCAAUUAAUGUAGUUUCCAUUAGUUUAUAUUUAUGUUUACAGUGAAUUACCUUCCUGUAGAGCAGGGGGUCCUCAAUCAUGGUCUUGGAGGGCUGCAGAUUUCCGUUCUAGCUAGUUUCCUAAUUAUAAGACACUAUUUGCAAUACAAUAUAAAUAUUGGCUUGUCUAAGAGAAAUCUGAAUUGCACUGUAGAGUUUCCUUCUUUGAGAACAUUAAAUCUGUUGUAGUCCACAAAACACAUGGCUAAACUUAAUGGUCCUUCCAAUUUCUAAACACAUUUUUUAAAACACAGAUACUUCAUGGUGCAUAUGCAUGUUAGCUAGAGAGUUGCUGGUUUAUUGGUUAUAUGCAUUUUAUUAUUAACUAAUGUCUGGUUAAGAAAACAGGCAACAAUUAAAUCUUAAACGCAGCUGCUUAAAACUAAAAAUAGGCAACAAAAAGGUUCUAAAUUGUAACGGGCAAAAUAACUAAAAUGAAGCCCAAAAAGCGUAUUGCUUUAGUAGUAAAUGAAUGAGUUCCACUUAAGGAAUGGGCUGGAAUGAAAACCUGCAGCCACUGUGGCCCUCCAGGACUGUGACUGAGGAGCCCGUCUGUAGAGUAUCAUUUUCUAUGAAUUGUCAUUUUUAUUGUAAAGUUCUAUUAAAAGCUUUUCCCUCUGUUUUAAUAACCUUCUACAUUUCAGUUUACUCACUGGGGCAUCCAGUUUGUUCUUCUUUGUCUGCAUCUUAUACAACAGGAUUCUUUUGAAAUCCUGGGUUCUGUUAUGUUCGGAGCAAAAUUCAAUUUCGUUUUUUUACAAAUCUGUUCUGCGUGAUCUUUAGACCUGUUCAUUAGUUCAUUGUUUAAUCUCAAGCAGUGGCCUUAAAGGUGGCUUUGGUUAAAUUUACCUUUUGCGUUUUUAAUUUGAACUGGACUAAUUUUGUACUUAACUAGAAAUAUUUCUCUAGUACACUGUGCUUAAUUUGAUUAAUUCCUGAAUGGCUUUAUAAUCAUUUUCCUUUUACUGGUACAAAGAUCAUCACAACUGGCUGAUAAAUUUUCUCAGUAAGCAACCUGCGGAGCGCCACUUCUGCCGUGUCCUGAUGACUCCAAGGUUUCUUCUCCAUGAAAGUUUUCAUCCCUGCUGUAUCAGCUGUUUGGGUCUCUCGGGGCUCUCCAAAGACCAUGGCAGUCCUUCUAGUGCUACACAUUAAUAAAAUAAAAUGAUAGUACAUUCUAAAAGAUGUAAAAGUUCAGCAGAAAAAAAAAAACAUUUUGUAGCUGCUGUUGCUCCACACUGAGCGAUGGUUAAUUCAGGACCCAAGUCACCUUCUUAGUUGAAGGAGGCUAAAGCAUCACUGAGCACCACCUAGUCUGCAUUUGAAAACUGGGUUGUCUUCUGUAGCAGUAAGCUCUCCAUUUUACUGUUGAAUAGAAAAAGGUUAUCUUUGACCUCAUUUAAUUAAACAAAUAUCCUUAAAUCAUCAAUUAAGAAACUUUCUUUUAGUUCAGUAGAAAACAAAAUGCUCAAGGACAUAAAACAGAAAGGAAAGAAAAAGUUUUAAGUUAAGAGAGAAGCAUUUUAUCACACAAAGUAACAAAGUCACGUAGAUGAAGCAGCUUAAAAAAACAAAACAAAAACAAAAAUUCAACAUCAUCAAAACAAAUCCAGUUCUAAUAAGAAGCUAAGCUUUAGCUUGACUGACUGAGCAGACACUUACGGUGGUUUGGAGGAGAGCACAAGAAAUCUGGCUGUGGUGGUAACCCACAUGAGAAGGUGCCGUUUCUGCCAUUCUCUUAUCUCAUUUAUGUACCUUCCUGCACAGCUUACAGGAUGUUUUUUUUCCUCCUUCACUAAAGACAAGUAGAGAUUGACUGAUUUAUUAAAUAGACGUACAGACUGAAAGACAGCAGGCAGACGGAAGACUUAAAUAAACCAUAACAAGCUCACAAACCCUCAUUAUCUCAACUAUAAGUGCAAGACACAAAAACAGACACAAAUCCUCUUUAAUAAAACCUCUGUGUACGUCCAGGUGUCCGUGUGUGUCUUCUGGUGAAGUGCGCAUGCGCUCGGCACGUGGACGCACACACACUGGAAGCUGGACGCGCAGUGAAUGGCCUAGAGGCCGCGCACGAUAAGCAAAUAAAGCACACAUACUGGAAGCUGGGCACACAAUGAAUGGUCUUUCCACGGCCGCGCAUAAGAUAUAAAGGACACCAUUGCUGGGGAGAGUGCCGAUUG